AUGUGGCUUUUUCUAGUGACGUUGAUUCUAGUUUCGGGUGCUUUCCUGUUACGGUUUCAAUUUCGCGCUUUUUUCGCCAUCAUCGGGUUGAACGAAAGCGAACGUUUCCGCUUGAUCUCCGGAAGUAUCCGAAACUGUGAGCGCAGCUUCCGGAUACGGUUUGGACCGGUGAGGAUCAUCGGCAGCUGCCAUCCGGACGUGAUCCAGCAGGUCCUUACCCAUCCGGAUUGUUUGGAGCGACCAUUUUUCUUCCGUUUUACCGGACUGGAAAGGGGUUUAUUAAGUGCCGAACAUCGUUUGUGGAAACAUCAGCGGAAAAUUCUCAACCCAACGUUCAACGUUAAAAUUUUGAAUAGUUUCAUACCAAUUUUUGAAGACUACACAGGAAAAAUGGUUCAAAGUUUGAUUCCAUUUGCGGAUGGAAAGUCCCAGAUCAAUAUUUUCAAGUAUACCUCUAAGAGCAGUAUGGAGACGAUCUUCGGGACCACAAUUGGAACGGAUAUUUCGGAGCAAUCAGCUGAUUUCGAUUUGUUUUUCGGUUAUCGAAGGUUAUUGCACUUGAUAUCGAAACGGAUGGUCAACAUGCACUUGUACCUGGAUUGGAUAUAUCGCUGGACCAGAGAUUAUCGAGAAGAACGAUACCUGAGAAAAAUGUGUUUCGAUCGAGCAGAUAUGUUCAUCAACAAGCAACGGGAAGCCUUGUCAGGUCAGAACCCAACCGAGGAUCCAGAAUCAGAAAGCUACAAAAAGCCUCAAAUUUUCAUCCGACAGCUGUUGGACCAAAGCCUGGGCAACUAUCGGUUCAGCGAUGAGGAAAUCUAUCACAACGCUUACACUAUCAUUGUGACGGGUAACGAUACGACUGCCCUUACAGUUGCUAAUGGAUGUCUGCUUCUGGGUCUGUACCCUAGUGUUCAGGACAAGGUUUACGAGGAGAUAUUGAGGAUUUAUCCUAACCGGGACGUCCCAAUUACCCCGGACUCUCUUAAACAGCUUAACUACACGGAAAUGUUCAUCAAAGAAACACUUCGGCUUCUGCCAACCGUUCCGAAUGUGGCCCGGGAGGCCACCCAAGACAUCCAGAUCGACGGUCAAUCGGUUCCAAAAGGAACCAUCUUCCUGCUUUCCCUCUACGAGUUGCAUCAUCGGCUGGACAUUUGGGGCAAUCGGUUUCGGGACUUUGAUCCGGAAAACUUCCUCCCGGAUCGGGCCAAAGACCGACAUCCAUUCGGCUAUUUACCAUUUGGGGGAGGUUCGCGAAAUUGCAUCGGUUGGCGUUACGCCCUGCUGGCCAUCAAGGUGAUGUUCGUUGGGCUGUUGAGACAGUUUCGAAUCGAAUUUGAAAUGACGCUGAAACUGGAGGGGGAACACUUGAUACGCCUGGAAAAGAGAAGCGAUAUUGAAGAGGACGGUCAUCGAACAGCUUACUUGGAAAGGCACUGA